AAAGAACACUAUGACUUUGGUAUAAAAUCUAUUAAAUUUAAAAUUGGUGAUCAAGUCUUGUUAUAUGAGUUUGCAAAGGAAAAGGUAUAUGGUGAUAAGUUGAGAGAAAAAAAGAAAGAUCUUGAAGAAUUUGAUAAAUAUAAAUCGAUUAAAGAAAUAUUAUAG